GUAGGCACUGAUGAGCUCACAGGUAAGGAUAGGUCAAGCUGUAGGUCUCGAUCCAGUCUUCCAGUUUUGCAAGAUCAAUCCAAUCAUGGCACCCAGCAUUCCCAAGUUCUCUGAGCUGCCAGUCGACAAGAAUGGUCCUCAUCACAAUGCUUGGGGCCUCUACGGCAAAGACGACCAACACGGCACCCUAAACCGUCUCACCAACUCCGUCGUGCAAUCCGCCGCCUCAGAAAUCCAAACCGGCAUCCGCGUAAACCUCGACUGGCCUCUAGACGCCCAAGCCGACGUCCCAUUCUUCGGCCGCCAAUCCUUCGAAAAGAACGUCUACCAAAAACCACCCCGAAUCGUAAACGACGACGUCUGGACCUUCAACACCCAAUCCUCCUCUCAAUGGGACGGUCUCCGCCAUUUCGGCUACCAAAAAGAGCAAGUCUUCUACAACGGCGUCACACUCGAUGAAAUCCACGGCCGCAAUGGCGUUGAGAAGACCAACAACAAUGGCAUCGGUGCCUGGGCAGAAAGUGGAGGAAUAGUAGGCCGAGGAAUCCUCCUCGACUAUCACGCCUGGAGACUGAAAAACAAUAUCCCUCACAACGCCUUCGAAACAGGCUCCAUCAGCGCUGCAACGUUAAAACAAGUCGCCAAGGACCAAGGAACAGAAAUCCGACACGGAGAUAUCCUCAUCCUUCGAACAGGAUAUCUCUUAGCAUACAACAGCCUCUCCAAACCCGAAAUCGAAACUCUUCGCUCAAAACAACCUCUAACUUUCACAGGUGUAGAACAAAGUGAAGAAAUGAUGGAAUUUCUAUGGGAGAAUUUUAGUGCUUGUGCGGGGGAUCAUCCGAGUUGGGAGGCGUGGCCUACGCAGCAAGAUUGGGCUUUGCAUGAGGUUAUGUUGGCGGGGUGGGGAAUGCCGAUUGGGGAGUUGUGGGAUUUGGAGAAGUUGGCGGAGGAGUGUGAGAGGCAGAAGAGGUGGAGUUUCUUUUUGGUGAGUAAGCCGGUUUAUGUGCCUGGGGGUGUGGCGAGUCCGCCGAAUGUGGUUGCCAUUUUCUGAGAGGGAUCGCUUGUGCGUGUUGUGGGUGAUGUUGCAUUUGGAAGAGUGGUUGUGCCGUCGAACACUCGAGACAUCGAUAAAGGCCAUUUUACUCGCUCUCAAGACAGCGGACAUCUACCAUCUCAGCCCGUUCUUCCUACA